UAACGACGUUAUUAUACCGUGAAAUAGUAUGUUGGGACACACGUAGCUGUCAGUUUAACUUGUUUUACACGGCUUUUAAAGUUACAUAUCUUUUUCUAAUUGUUUUUUUUUCUCUUAACAUUAUGUAUGUGGAUAUUGAACUAUAACGGAUAAAAGCAUAACUGUCGCACGUGCGGGAGCUGGUAUUUUGGAAUUCUACAUAUACAUGUCAUCAUACCGGUGUUUUAAGCAGAUUGGUGUGGCAUGAAGGUUCGUAAAACGGCAUUAAGCAUUAUAUUUUGUUUACCCAUUCUGGUUUUGGCAAUUCUAUACAUCGACGUUCGAAUCCAGCCGCAACGUUCAAACACGCACCUGCAUAUCUACUACAGCUUCGUGACUAACACUAGUUCAACAGACGAUUAUGCAGACUCUGUAGGACAUAGUAGUAUCAGAUUUAUCAACAUCUUUAAUCAAACUUCUGUUGAGCAUGACAGGACAACUUUGCUUCAUGUCAAUGUCACAAAGCAAGUGCAUCUCCAAGCAACAAUGGCAACAAGAACUCCCGCUUCACGUGCACACAUCAUUGCUAUAGUUUCGUACAUGCGCAGUGGGUCAACGUUAACAGCCGACAUUAUGCAGCAUUUCCCUGGAGCUAUGUACGUGUUCGAGCCCUUUCAUUCAUUGGUUAUUCGAGCACGGAGUAAACGCCCGUUGUAUUACCUCAACGGAACAGUGAAAAGGUUGAAUGCAGAAAACAUAACUGAUGAUCUAUUGCGAUCGGAACUCCGGAAAUGGUUCGAGUGUAGAUUCGGGGAACUUGACGCUCAUUCGUUAACAGACAGUUUCCAUACACAGUACAGCCGCUCAAUGAAAACAUUUAACAAUUGUUGGAGGCGGAAACGUCGAACGCUUAAAACAUUGCGUGAGUGUCUUCCUGCCGCUAUAGAAAUGUGUAAAAGAGCAAAAUACAGAUUGUUCAAAUUUAUCCGCUUGCCGAUGCGCAUUGUGCAGUCAGUUAUGGAUAUGUAUCCAGGGUUACAAGCCGUCCAUUUAAUUCGAGACCCACGUGGUUCAUUGCUGUCUCAAUUCAAAAUAAGGAACAUCACGUGGGACCGGAUAGGGAAUUUGUCAGAACGCUUCUGCAACCGUGUUGCAGACGACAUCAGUUCCACGAUAUUUUUGAAUCGCCACUAUCAAGAGCGUGCAAAAAUGUUAUUAUAUGAAAAAUUAGCAGAAAAUCCGUUGACAACUGCCGAAAAACUGCACAGUUUUACUAACUUGCCUCACUAUAAAUAUGUGACGAGGUAUAUAACAAAAUUGACUAUGGGAGGCCACAAAAAUUACGGGCAGUUCGGCAGCCUCCGUGAAAAUUCAACAAAAGCAGCAUACCGAUGGAGGGAUACAAUCAAUUUUGAACAUGUACAGACAAUUGAUGAAAACUGUGCGAAUGUUUAUGAUUUUAUUGGUUAUCAAAAAUUUAGUUCUGCUGAAGACGUGCGAGAUCAUAACUUGCUAACAUUGCAGUCACCAAAGUCCUCAAUAUUUCUCUAGGUCGUGAAAAACGGCAUCUCUACAAAACAGGAAUAAAUUUUCAAAAUAUCUUGAAUAUUUAAAAAAAAAAUUGAUGAAGGUAUUUUCUAUGGUAAAUUCCAGCUAUGUUGUGACAUAUUUUAAGAAGUCCAUCAGUUUGACUGCAGUUUGAAAACUUUCAGUAUAUUUUAGCAGAAAGGCGAAAUUUCCAUACAUUUUUGUUAUGAAAUUUCUAAUAUAUAUAUUUUUUCGAAAUUGUGAUUAUGUCCGAUUUUUACAGCUUGAAAAAUACAUUUUUUGUCAUAAACACAAUAUUUGAAUAGUAAAAAACUCUAAAACAAAAUGCAACUGCUACUCUCGGAGACCUAGAGAAUCGUGUAUAGUUUAUAUCUGGUUCUUGCAAAAAAGUCAUAAUUCGCGGGAAAAAAAACCCUGUUACAGAGGAGAGUAUAUGCUCAGUCAACAGAUCUGCACUUACUUAAUUAAAAAGAACUAACGAAUGCAUUUUAUAAAUUUCGAAGUGAAAUAACAUAUCGUUGAAAAUGUAGUCCCCUAUGUUAUAACUUGAUUCAGCAAUUUUCAAACGUACGUGCUUCUGCAGGCAACUUGUUUUGACAUUUGUUUUAUGGUGCAUAAAUCUUACAUGAAUCUAAAUGACGUGUCAGUCUACAACAUGCAUCAAGGUCCGUCAAAUCUCACAAAAAUGUCAAUCUCACGAAAAGAGAAUGCCGGACUAUUUUAGAUCUGAUAUAUUUUACAGCUGCUAGGCUAAUAUGGUUGUUCAAACAGCUCUCAUAAAAGAUAUUAAUGGGAAACUUUGAUGACAGUUUCUUGGAUUGAAAAAUUAUAUGUUCAUUUCAGUGAAACCCCUCAGAAUUGUGUAUAAGAAUUUUGCCAUUUGUUAGUAGAAACUCUUCUACCAUGGUCAUUUAUAAUUUUAUUUGAAUUUUGUUUCAUUUCAAUUAUUUUUUGCUGAUUUAAUUAUCUUGAGAAAUUCAGCAAUAAUGUCUAUGUUAUAUAUUUAAUCAACCCUCAAAGAUAGAUAUAGAUUACUGCCUAGUUUACAGCAUACAGGUGUUUCUUUCUUACAGAUCUGAAAAAAAGUCAAAACUAUCUUAAACUAUAACCAGUGUGAAAACUGCACAUUAAAAAUUCAGGCACAGAUCUGAUAAAAACUCAACUGAUUAUUUUCUUUUUUUUUUUCAUCGAUAAUUCCAGACUACAAGUAUUUAAGUUGCAUUUCAGUUUGAACUAGAUCUAAAGCUACAACUUGAUGAAUAUAAGCAAUUUAAUUCAUGAAGGGUUUUAAUUCAUGGUCAAACAAUUUUGCUAAACAUCUUUGCAGAGUUUUUUUUCAAAGAUCUUAGAAUCCUUUGCUAUAUAAAUGCAAAAGAAUCUGCAACCAUAAAUAACAAACUGUUUUUGUCAUUAACGUUCAGCCUGUUUUAAACCAAAAUAUAGUAAAAACUAGCUAUAAUGUGUCCUGUAACCGGAACUGUAAGAUUUAAUUUGACAUUUUAUUCUUCAGUGUUUUUGCUAAAAGUAAUGCUCAGUUUAUAAAAUGUUGUUGUUUUACACAUCCACUGGUAAAAUCUGUUAUUUCAAAGUUGUUGUAUCAACAACAGUUGAACAAAAGCUCAGGUUUUGUGAUUUUACUAGAUGAAGAAAGGAAUUGUUUCAUAUUUGAGCAGACAUUUUUGUUUAGUUUCAUAUUAUGAUUGCUGUAGUUUUAAAGAAUGUAUCAGACAUGUCUGACUUUUAGAACUGUGUUUGUAUGAAAGUAACAGUGCAGUUGUUUCAUAAAGUAAAUAUAUGUACGCUUCAUAAAACAGAGAAAAUCUGUAAACAUGCUGUACAUUCUUUACUUACUAUAGCAAUGAGAUUUAUCUAUUUUGCUGUGCAAACACAAUUUUACUUAACUAUGCAAUGCAUAAAUACUCAUUCUCUAAUAUGACGGGAUAAUUAAACAUACAAAACAG